GCGGUCAGUGUGUCUUUGCGUGCGCGCUCCCGCGACGUGCUGCGGCCAGAGGUGGCAAGAUGGCGUUGGCCUAUCUGAGCCAUCAGCAGAGGGUGCUCCGCCUGUACAAGAAGUCCCUGCGGCACCUGGAGUCCUGGUGCAUCUUCAGGGACCGAUACAGAUUCUUUGCUUGCCUCCUGAGAGCCCGUUUUGAUGACCAAAAAGAUGAAAAGGAUAUGGUCAAGGCAACUAUGCUGUUGAAGGCUGGUGAGGAAGAGUUCUGGUCUAUGCAGCAUACUCAGCCCUACAUUUUCCCAGACUCCCCUGGGGGAACAUCUUAUGAGAGAUACGACUGCUACAAGGUUCCGGAGUGGUGUUUGGAUCACUGGCAUCCAUCUGAGAAGGCCAUGUACCCGGACUACUUUUCUAAGAGAGAGCAGUGGAAGAAGCUUCGAGAGGAGAGCUGGGAACGAGAGGUGAAACAACUAAUGAGCGAAACUCCGGCUGCUGGUCCUAGAACUGAAUUGUUGCCACCUGCCCGUAAAGAAGGGGACUUGCCUCCUCUCUGGUGGCAGUACGUGACAAGGCCACGAGAGCGCCCCACAUAAAUGAUUGCUUCCGUGAAUCAGACCUUGCUGCCUAAAUAGGCGUCUGACAAGAUAAACUAUGAGAAUAUUAAAUAUUACGUACUGUACAAUAAA